AGCAACAUUAUCUGUACCAGCAGCAACAACAACAACAACGCAUGACAGCUUCGCCCAGCGGAAGCGGCAGCGGCAACAACAAUAACAACAACACGCAUAGUAUUAACAAUUUUGUGGCGCGUGGCGGAAUUGAGGCGACCACAUUGAAGUACGGCAACACGGGCAGCGGGAGCUUUAAGAGCGAUCUGAGCAGCACAUCGUGCACAUCCUCAACAUCGUCGUGCAGCUCGCUGAAUAGCCACAGUGCCGAUCAUCAUCAACAUUACCAAUAUCAGCUGCAGCAGCAGAGGACGCCGCGCUGCCCACAUCAUGUACCACUGCCGGACAGCGAGUACGGACAGGAUCGUCAUCUGCAAAUACGCAGCAGCUACCAGCAAUCGGAAAUCACACGCUCCUAUACAAAGCCGCCGCCCAACAAAACCGUACGCGAUGUGCCCGAACAGAUAUGCGCCGCCAAUGCCAGCUAUCGCCUGGCGGCAGCUAAUAGCUGCGCUACUGCUGCCGCUGCCGCCGCCGCUGCCUCCAACUCGUCAACACCUGCCGCUUAUGCGCUGGCAGCAGCUGGCGCAACAAAAUCCAAACCGAAUGCCAUCACAAAGUUCUUCUCACGCAUCAGUUCGCCCAAGUCGCCCACGUCGCUGGCGACGGGCUCGGGUGGUGCUGCAGCGGCAGCAGCGGGUGCAGCUAUUGUUGUUGCCACGCCCACAACACUGGGCAGCUCAUCGUUAGCAUCAUCAGCAUCGAUGUCAUCGUCCGCCUCAUCGCUGGCCUCGUCCGCGGGCAUGCCCGCCUGUGUCUCACCAUCCUCAUCGGCCUCAUCCCUGGCAGCCGCACCGCUGACCGCCCUGCCCAUUGCCAAUGCGGCGACACUUAAGAGCACCGCCUGCAGCUUUGGCAGCACAGCAGCGGCGACAGCGGGGACGGGGAGCCCCGCCGAACAGGAGCAGCAGGAUGAGACGACGCAAUAAUUCCAUGUUGGGAGCCGUAACAGAUUCAAGAUCUGUCCAAGAACUUCGCGCUGGCACGAAAAGACUGUUUAUUAGUCAGAAUUUAAUUUGUAAACGAUGAGAGGAGACACACACACACACACACACACACACACACACAAACACA